ACACCCGUUUCUCAAGUACGUGGGUAAAAAAUUCACCGAUUAAUGGCGAAUUUAGUUUCAGUCGAUUAAAAUACACCUUCGCCAUGGACGCUGUAAAUAUGUUCUCGUUUUAUAUUUUUACGUUACUUUUUUACUUACAAAUAGUAUCCGGUGCUAAUGAUAAUAUCUAUAGAUUUUGUGUGUACGAAUAUGAUGCCAGCGGUGUUCCUUGUCAAGCUAUUCAAAAAGGAAAUAGUUUGGUCAUGUGUGUGCCCGUUUCCGAUAGUGCUGAUUGUGCCAUGAAGAUUCUACGCAAAGAAGCUGAUUUUGGAAUUUUCACAGCCGAAGAAGCGUUAUUAGCUAUGAAAUUCAUCAACAACGAUGUCCAAGUCAUUGGCCAAUUGAGAGAUAGAACUCACGAUAAUGAAUCUUUUGCUUUCGAAACUGUGGUCGUUGUCAGAGAAAACUUUAACGGAGGAUUUGACGGUCUUCGAAGUAUGAAUUAUUGUCAUCCUGGGUUCGCCGAUGGACAAACGUGGAGUGAUCGAAUACUGAAAGAUUUCGAGAAAGCAGUCGUUCCAAGGAGUUGUCACGAAGAUUACGCGAAUGCUCAACAAGAGGUGUAUUCGAUCGAUAAUUUUUUCAAAUCAGUUUGCAGACCUGGACAAUGGGUUCUGGAUGAUUAUCUCGAUAGGAAAUUAAAGAAAAAAUUUCCCUCCAUGUGUGAUUUAUGCGAUGUACGCAGCAGAUGUUCGUACAGCGAUGAAUCUCAAGGCUCUCAUAUUGCUGCAUUGAGAUGUUUGACAAAAAAUGGCGGAGAUGUGACUUACGUUGCUUUGCAACACGUUAAGGAAUAUUUUGGAUUGAUUCCCGGAUACGCUCAGAAAGCAAAACCCGAAGAAUAUAAAUUUCUGUGCCCCGAUGGCUUUGCACGACCUUUAAAUCAACCUUGCACUUGGUUGAGACAACCAUGGCCUGCGGUAGUUGCAGAAAGAAGCAAAGCUCAAUCAUUAUCCAACAUACUACCUACGUUUUUAUGCGACGGUCCCGGUUGUCGAGGAAAAUGGCAAGAAGCAUUUACAAAACUAUUCGAAGACUCGACCAAUAAAUUCCACCCAAUUAACGUUGAAAAGACGCUCAUGGACAAUCUCGUAGAAGCUUUAAAUAAUAAAUAUAAUUCUAGCGAGAUCACCGAAAAACUUAUACGAGUAUUUUUAUCAGGUCGCACUAUCCCUCGUGAAGUUGAAGGAGAUGCUUGCCGAAGGGUUGUAAGAUGGUGUACGACUACUGAAGAGGAAAAUGAAAAAUGCACGUGGUUAGCUCAAGCGGUUACCGCUCAAGAUUUCGAACCGAGAUUAACCUGUGUACCGACCAGCAGCAUGUGGUCGUGUUUCGAUCUGAUUAGAAAAAAAGGAGCUGAUAUUAUCGCCAUUGAUAACGAUUACGCUUUUACCGCUGAAAGAGUAUUUAAUCUCACUACAGUAAUGUAUCAAGAUAACGUACUGAAUGGAAACUAUCUCAUUACUGCCGUUGUCCGAGCAGAUCGACAAGAUAUUCGAUCGUUGAACGAUUUAAAAGGGAAAAGAGCUUGUUUCCCAGAAUACAACGGAUUAGCUUGGAAUACGUUCAUCCAGGCUGCCCAAAAGAAAUCCAUCUUGCCUCAAGUUUGCCCCAAGAUUAAAGCAGUAUCUCAGUUUUUCAAAGAUUUAUGCGUUCCAGGAGCCAUCGACAAAGAUCAUAAGGAUUAUAACGUAACUGGUGUUGAUAAUUUAUGCUCAUUGUGUGUCAAAAAAUCGAAUAAUUCUAAAGAUAAUUGCGAAGCGACUUUUAACAACAAAUUUUACGGACAUUUUGGAGCAUUCUCGUGUUUGGUAGGAAGUAAUUCAACAUCAGUUGCUGACGUGGCUUUUGUCGAUUAUCGACAAUUGAUGUCGAAACAAAAUGAAGACGUGUGGAAAAAUAUAAAAAAGGCUGACUAUCGUAUUUUGUGCGAAAAUGGUACCUUGAUUCCGUUCCCUGAAGGUAAAGAUGCAGAUUUAGAUGAAAAAUGCGCAUUUUCCAAUGGAAUCAGAGGACAAAUUGUCACCAGAAAACAAAACAGUAAAGCUACGAUGCGCGAUAUUGCUGAUUUAUUACUCAAAAUGAAGGAUAAAUUUGGCGAAGUUGUUUCCGAAUACGAUAAUAUAAUACGAAUGUUCGGUUCGUUCAAAGGAAAGAAAGGUGUACUCUUACAAGAAACCACUGUGGACUUCAUAUCAAUUUACGACGACAACAAUCAUCAAGUGAAUUAUUUCAAAGAAUUGAGAAGCAGUGCUUUUGAAGAAUGUCAAGAAUCGUCAAAGAAAUCAGCUGCUAAUGUAAAUAAUAUAAAUUUAGCAGCUUCGUUACUUGUUUUCGUUGCAAUUUUAUUCAAUUUAUUAUAGAAUAGUAAGUACACUUGGAUUUUUAAAAUGUAAUAUAUUUAGGUAGGUAGUAUUUUACUAUAAUGAAGUUUAAUUGUAUUUUUGUUCUGUUCUAUUUUCUUUUUUUAAUUGAAGUAUGAAUUUUUGGAUUGUAAUUGUGAACUGUGGUAUCUCAAUUUUUCACUUAAAACUGCGUUUGCCCCUUUAAUUUUCAAGAUAUGCAACUUAUUUAUCGUUCGUAUCAGAAAUUUUAUUGUAAUGGCAUAUUGUACCUAUUUAAAUGAUCAAUUUAUAAUUGUUUACUCUUCAGAUUCCCCUUCUUGUUCCCCUCUGAAUCGAACUUUUGAUCAAAAUAAACAAUGAAAAAAUUAAUACCUAUAAUUAGGUGCUGAAUUAUACCUAUAAUCACACGUGUACACGAAUAUAUGGACAUUCAAUAUUAUGUAUUUUCCACCUGGGAUCAUCUCAUUUAGAACUGAUUUAAACAAGUUUACACUUAAAGAACUUGUUAUUAAACCUAAUUGACCUUAACCUUCAUCUCGAGUUUUAUAAUGUAAUGUAUAACAUGCGCUGAAAUUUAGCUUCUGGUAACGUUUAUUCCAAGAUUGCAACUUUUUAACAACAAUGCGAAUUAGUUAAUCCAUAUAUAUAGAUAUUUCAAGUA